CGACUGGCCACACUUAGCAAAUCACCUCGUGUUUCACUCGCAAACAAAGAAAAAAGUGCAUUUUAAUUACUGAUUACUGCAUUGCGAUUAGGCGUUCGCGAACAACUGCGUUUUCUUGCACAUCAGGGAACUCAAAGGGCGCGCGUGGGCAGGGCAUUAAGCGCAGUGUCUGUGUGCGUGAGUGUGGGUGCGUUGUGCGUUGUGCGUGCGUCGCAGUGUUGGUGCGUGUGCCCCCAUGUGUGUGUGUAUUUGUAUUGCCAUUAACUAAUAAACAAUAACCUUCGGGCCACGACGAAAGCCACGAAAUCGGCACCGCUGCUGUUCAGUUCAAUUCUGUUCCGUUCUGUUCUGUGCUGCUCUGUGCUAUUCUGUUCCAUCUGAAGCAGCUGAAUAGGAGGACUCAUAGCCAGAGACUAAAAUAAAACGCCAACGCUUCCGCCCCGCGAGAGGAGCGCCCAGUUCAGGAGCGGACCAGCGGCGAUCCACCAUCCCAUAACCAAACGGAGCACUCCUCUACAACUACACACCUACACACACACAAAACACACGCAAUGGCGGACGUGAGCGAUCCCAGCGAGCUGUUCGAUCUGGAGCUUCACGACCUGGAGCUGCAGGACGACAAGGCCAGGGACUCCGACGACGACAGGAUCGAGCUGGACGACGUUGACCUAGAACCGGAAUUGUGUAUUAAUCUGCACCAAGACACCGAGGGCCAGGAGACCAUACAGCUUUGCGAGGAGAAUGUCAAUCCAGGUAAAAUCAAGCUGGGACCCAAGGACUUUGAGCUCAAGAAGGUCCUUGGCAAAGGUGGUUAUGGCAAAGUAUUUCAGGUGCGCAAGACCGCUGGACGAGAUGCCAACAAAUAUUUUGCCAUGAAGGUGCUCAAAAAGGCAUCCAUUGUGACCAAUCAAAAGGACACAGCGCACACCCGCGCCGAGCGCAAUAUACUCGAGGCAGUCAAGCAUCCCUUCAUAGUGGAGCUAGUCUAUGCCUUCCAGACAGACGGAAAACUAUACCUUAUACUUGAAUAUCUCAGCGGCGGAGAGCUGUUCAUGCAUUUGGAGCGCGAGGGCAUCUUCUUGGAGGAUACCACAUGCUUCUAUCUAAGCGAAAUCAUUUUGGCCUUGGGCCAUCUACACAAACUGGGCAUCAUCUAUCGCGAUCUAAAGCCCGAGAACAUACUACUCGAUGCACAGGGACACGUGAAGCUCACCGACUUCGGACUGUGCAAAGAGCACAUACAAGAGGGUAUUGUCACCCACACCUUCUGCGGCACAAUUGAGUACAUGGCACCUGAAAUCUUGACCAGAAGUGGCCAUGGCAAAGCAGUCGACUGGUGGUCACUGGGCGCUCUCAUGUUUGACAUGCUCACAGGAGUCCCACCCUUCACCGCCGAGAAUCGCAAGAAGACCAUCGAGACCAUUCUGAAAGCCAAGCUCAAUCUGCCAGCCUACCUCACACCGGAAGCCAGGGAUCUGGUGCGGCGCCUGAUGAAGCGGCAGGAACCUCAGCGCCUUGGCAGCGGACCCGAGGAUGCGGCGGCUGUCCAAAUCCACCCAUUCUUCAAACACGUCAACUGGGACGAUGUGCUCGCCAGACGCCUCGAACCGCCUAUAAAACCGCUCUUGAGAAGCGAGGACGAUGUCUCACAGUUCGAUACAAGAUUCACAAGACAAAUUCCAGUGGACUCACCUGAUGAUACGACGCUAAGCGAAAGUGCCAAUUUAAUUUUCCAAGGUUUCACCUACGUAGCGCCCUCGAUACUGGAGGACAUGCAUCGGGCCAACCGGAUGCCGGCACGCUCCCCACGACGCACUCCUCGCCAGCUGCCGGACAGCAGCUUCCGCCUACAGUUCCCAUCGGCCAAUGUGGGCGCCAACUCGCCGAUGUCCAUGCACGGUCAUCCGCAGCGAUCCGGGAUGUUUGCACGGGCCACGCCGCCGCAUCACAUGCAGCCAUUCGCGCCGCGCCCCUCGCCGGCGCAGGACGAGAUGAUGGACGUGCAGCAGGGUCUGCCGAUGGUCUAAAGGCUGGAGCGAUUGCUUCCCAACCAUCCCAUCCCAUCCCGUACCAUCCCGUCCCGUCCCGUAGGCAACCCACCACCUGCACCAUAAGCUUCAGCUCCCUUCCCCGAAAAAAGGAAAACAAACUAAGAAAAACAGCAAAAAAAAUUACAGAAAUUGACAGUUACUAUUAUGACGUAUGUGGAGUGUGGACUUGGUUAAGGAUACGGAAUGAGCAGGACGAUCAUCAGGCGAAGGAAGAGGAGAAGGAGGAGGCUGAGCAGCACGAGGAGCACAUGACCUCAGUGCGCGAAAUUGUUUUUGUUAUAGAGAAGCGCGCUCGGAUCGCGCCGUUGGAUAGUAAUGAUUAUGAUAAUGAGAAUACCGAGGAAGGCAGAUGGAGAAGAUGAUUGUGCUACGCGAUGGAAAGCGUUCGUUUUUGGAUACACCUAGAUACUACAGUUAGAGACAUCCACAUAAGCAUAUGCUAUAGCAAUUACUAUUAUACACCUAGAGAGAUGGUAGGCGACGAUCGCGAACCCGACCCGGGUAACCAGCCCCAAACUUAUCCGUGUUUAUGUAUAAAUAUUAUACUUACACUUAUGUUUUAUAUAGGCAAAAAGGUUUACACAAUUUAGUUCAAAUGUACACGCAACACUUUAAUUUCGUUUUACACUUAUUUAACGCCAAUCGAAACAGACAGCAACAGCAGACCAUUUAUAUUACGAAAAAGUUCUGUACUUGCGCGAUAGCUCUAAAUACAAAUCGACAUGUGAAUCGUGUGAGUUUGUGGCACAGACACUGAGUUCCAGCCACAAUUGCACUAAUCGGGUGUAAUAACUCUGGCUAGAAGCGUUCUUCACAGCUUAUUUUUAUUGUUGUCGAACAGUUUUCCAGUUUUCCAAUUGUUUUUGUCAUUUCGAACACCUACGGUAGGCAUAUAGUGACGUUAGUUUUUAGGGACAACUGCAGCGUAGCCAACAACACAAAAACUUAAAUGAAAUGUAAAUUAUAAACUAAACUAGUGCAUUAAAGAGUAAACUAUAAAAUAAAGUACAUAACGUAAAGUAAA